CGCUGCACACACUCAAGUUUAUAUCCCAAACAAAGAGGAGGAGCAGCCGCUUCAAAUUCAGGUAAAAUAGAAAGUACACACUUUUGAGCAUCCAGUGUCUCGGAACCUUCACACACACUCCUCUGCUCCUGAACCACCAGCUCAGUUGUGUUAAAGAUGGGACACCUCACUAUUGUGGCUGUUAUAGCAGUUUUCUUCACCCUGUUUGUGGAAAUCGAAGCAAGUAAGGCCCAAACUCCAUAUUCACCUGAGACUGAUCCAUUUGCUUACAACUAUCAAAGGCUACGAAUUGGAGGGUUAGUCUGUGCCAGCUUGUUGUUUCUCGGAGGACUCGUGGUUUUACUUUAUACCAGGUGCAGCGGGAAGAACAAAAAAGUGGAAGAUGACAACAGUGAAAUCUGAUAGGGGGCAUGACUGACAAACCGGUUCCGGCCAGGAAGAAGAGCUGAAAGGCAAGGGGUGGAGAGAUGAGGCUGCAUGGUGGGGGGUGUUUUUGUAGGAAAACACACAGGUUCAUAUGAUCACACCUAUACAGACCUGUGCAAUACUGUUAAAGCAAGAUGUAAAAACAGUCUGUAAAUGUCCCUGAAAUGAUGAAAUAAAUGUUUUCUUGUUUUUAAAAUGUAUACACUUUGCCCAAAUCUGAUACUGUAUGUUAAUCAGUAUGUUUAUCCUCUAAGCAUAUAGACCUUCACAAUUAACACAAACUACCUAGUUUGGUCCUGACCAUAAAUAUGCACAGUGAUAUCCUGCAUUAUUAUAAACAUAAGGUGAUGUUUAGUCAUUUUGGCCUGCGGUUGAUUGCAUGUCUUGCAGUAUAAUAAACUAGUUGGAUAAAUCAUGUUGUAAACCAUUUUAGCAUUGACAAAAUUAGAAGAAAACAUUUAAGAAACAUUUGGCAUGCAUAUCAAAAAUAAAUGUCUCCAUGCUAAACCAAA